CCCCUCCUGAUCCUUCUUGAGAGAAGAUAGCUUGUGAACUUCUUCCACUCUAUCGUUAGUUCUGAAUACAACUUCAAUCAUCUCGUUCGUCUGUUCACUUUCUUUGCCUCUCACGGGUGCUUUGUUGCCCAAAGGAUGCCGCACGAUCCACGUCCACAGACCGAGCCCAGCCCAAAGACUGCGGGUGAUCUUGCAAAGACGCUCGUAGAACGAAAGCGAAGACUGGUUGUAUCACUUGCAGCCCAGUCUCUCAGUCGCCCGGAAUCUUGUACCCUACUCGUGAUCCGCCCAACGAUACGGAAAUCCGAUGAACUCCACUCCGCUCACCGGAAACAGGAUCAGAAAGGCCAAAUGCGACGAGUCCGAGCGAACGUGUCAAAAGUGUAUCAGCACCAGCGGGCCGUAUGUGUCAUGGCUACAGGUCACAGUUUAGACCAUUUGCCAAUACGGAUGGUGCUUAGAAAGGUGGCCUCAAGAUUCUGCAGAAGGUCAUCGUUGAUCGAGUCUCGACUGUUGGAUCGGUGGUUGACCAGCCUCAAUAUCGUGGAAACAAUUUUUAAUCCCCCAGGUCGCGAGCUAUUCUCAGGAUCGUUGUCUUCGAGGCGCUCGAUGUGUCGCCCGAAUCGCAGAUCAAGAUAAAGCCUAAAUUCACUCGCUCACAGAACAUGGCGUUUCAACUGGACAAAAGACUGGAAGAUCAUUUGAUGUGUAUUGAGGACGACAGAGGUUGAAGAACAAGCGCCAGGCACUGAUGAGCUUGUUGAUAUAGGCAAGCUCGAUUGAUGAACUCGCCAGGAAACGAUAGGGGUUCAUUGCAGUGUUUUAAGCACCAAAUUCA